AUGGACAGGUACAGGAUCGCGCCGGCGCGGCCGGUCUGCCUCUCCGCCGCAGGGUCCGGGCCCGGGGCGCACCUCCGCGCGGCGGGACGCCGGUCGGGCGGCGCCGAGAUCGGCAUCUUCACGGCCGAGCGCUACUUCAGCGCGGCCGACGUAGUCAGACGCGACGCCGCCGUCAUCCUCCCCGCCGCGCCAGCGCUCCCUGAUCAUGAGCUGCUGCCGCGGCUGUCCGUCCCGGCGGCGGCGGACGUGGCCAGCCAGAGCGGCCGCACCGCCGCGUCCUCCGAGGCCAGCUGGAACAGCCGGUCCGGGCUGCUGUCCGGGGCCCACCCCCACUCGGCCGCCGCAAGGCAGCACAAGGCGACCGGCGCCGGCGCGGUGUACGGGAGCGACAACCAGGGUUACCACAGCGGGAGGAAGACUGCCGGCGGUGGUGGUUCGGGCCAGCGCUGGACGCUGUUCGGCCGCGACUGCCCCUGCGCCGGCAGGAAGGCGGUCACCGUCGACGUCGCGUCCGAGCCGCGGAGCCCGGCGGCGGCGGCGCACUUCAACGCAAGGUUCAGCCCCCAGUCCGCCGUCGACGAGUGCCUGGAGAGCGACAUCUUCAAUAAGGCGAAGCACCCGUCUCCUCCAAGAGCUGCCGCAGCCGAUCAUCAGGAGCCCGCCAAAGCCAUGAAGGUCACCGUGACGCCGGGGAGCCGCGCGUUCCCUGCCGCCGCCAGCAACGUCCUCUUCGCGGCGGCGCCAGGCCGGAGCGCUGGCGACGCGCCGUUCGCCGCUUUCAAGGCGGAGAUCGACCGCCGCGUCGUGACCUCCGGGGGGUUCACGUUCCCGGCGCUCGGCGGCGCGGCGAGGGUCGUGAGCGGCGGCGUCUUGGACGAGCCGCCGCGCGUGUCGUUGGAGGUGUUCCGCCCCAUCGACGAGGACUCGGUGAUGCUCGCGGACCCUCCGCCGGCCAUGCCUUUCGCGGGCCGCGCCGGGAUGCCGCCGCCGGUGGUGGACGAGGAUGCGAUGAGCGACGCGAGCUCGGACCUGUUCGACCUGGAAAGCUUCGCUGCGUCCUCGUCGUACCCGACCACGUACCACGGGCGUGGCAGCCGCCGGAACUCCGCCGACGACGACCUCCCCUACAUCUCCGCCGCCGCGGAGCCAGCACUGAGCGAGUGCAUGUACCCGGCGAGCGAGGCCAGCGUGGUGUGGAGCGUGGCCACGGCCGAGGGCGGCGCGUACGACGCGGCCAGCCUGGCCAACUUCUCCAGCGCCGCGUCCGCGUGCUGCGUCGACGACCUCCGCUACAUGGUCCCGGACCCGGAGUCCCCCGAGGCCGGCUUCACCGCCGCCAUGUCCCGCAGCGCCGGCCGGAAGAAAAGUGGCGGCGGCGGGUUCCUGAACAGCUGCCGGUGCGAGAAGGCGGUCAGCGUCGGGCCCACGCCGGUGCGGGUGGUCCGGCCGCCGGCGCAUCCGGCCGCGGCAUCCAGGAAGAAGGGCGGCCACGGCGCGGCACGGCACCACGCCGGCCGCGCCCACGUGCCGGUCCGGACGUGA